GCCGGCGCGGGCGGCUCCUCCUCCCCGCGGCGGAGGCGCAGCCGGGCGGUAUUAGCUCAUCGCGGCGGCGGCGGCUUCUUGUGAUCCUUUCUUCCCCCUCCCCAUUUCGGGGCCGUCCGCCCGCUGCUCCCUGCCGGUUGGAACCGUCCCCGGCAGACUCCAUGGCCCUGUGCAACGGCGACGCCAAGCCGGAGAACGUUGGAGGAGAGCUCAAGGAUGGGCAGCACCACUACGAGGGAGCCGUCGUCAUACUCGAUGCCGGAGCACAGUAUGGAAAAGUCAUAGAUCGUCGUGUACGUGAACUGUUUGUCCAGUCUGAGAUCUUCCCUUUGGAAACACCAGCCUUUGCAAUCAGAGAACAAGGGUUUCGAGCUAUCAUUAUAUCUGGAGGACCAAACUCUGUGUAUGCAGAAGAUGCACCAUGGUUUGACCCAGCAAUAUUUACAAUAGGAAAACCAGUUCUUGGAAUCUGCUAUGGCAUGCAGAUGAUGAAUAAGGUGUUUGGAGGUACGGUGCACAAGAAGAGUGUUAGAGAAGAUGGAGUGUUCAGCAUUACUCUGGAUAACACAUGUUCACUGUUCAGGGGCCUUCAGAAGGAAGAGCUUGUUCUCCUCACUCAUGGAGAUAGUGUGGAUAAAGUAGCUGAUGGGUUCAAAGUGGUUGCACAGUCUGGGAACAUUAUAGCAGGCAUAGCAAAUGAAUCUAAAAAACUGUAUGGAGCACAGUUCCACCCUGAAGUUAGCCUCACAGUGAAUGGAAAAAUGAUCCUGAAGAAUUUUCUUUAUGAUAUUGCGGGGUGCAGUGGUACAUUUACAGUGGAAAAUAGAGAGCUUCAGUGCAUUCAGGACAUCAAAGAGAAAGUGGGCUCAUCAAAAGUUCUAGUUUUACUCAGUGGUGGUGUAGACUCCACAGUCUGUACUGCUCUCCUGAACCGAGCUUUAAACCGAGAUCAGGUUAUAGCUGUACACAUAGAUAAUGGAUUUAUGCGCAAAAGAGAGAGCCAGUCUGUGGAGGAAGCACUCAAAAAACUUGGGAUUCAAGUUAAAGUGGUGAAUGCAGCUCAUUCAUUCUACAAUGGUACAACAACCCUGCCCAUCUCGGAUGAGGACAGAACUCCACGUAAAAGAAUUAGCAAGACAUUAAAUAUGACUACAAGUCCUGAAGAAAAAAGAAAAAUUAUUGGUGACACCUUUGUUAAGAUUGCCAAUGAAGUUAUUGGAGAAAUGAAUCUGAAACCUGAAGAAGUUUUUCUUGCUCAGGGCACCCUCAGACCUGAUCUCAUUGAAAGUGCUUCCCUUGUUGCAAGUGGCAAAGCUGAAGUCAUCAAAACCCAUCAUAAUGACACAGAGCUGAUUCGGAAGUUAAGAGAAGAGGGUAAAGUAAUAGAACCACUGAAAGACUUUCACAAAGAUGAAGUGCGAGUGCUAGGAAGAGAGCUCGGUCUUCCUGAAGAGCUGGUUUCAAGGCAUCCUUUCCCAGGUCCUGGGCUAGCAAUCAGAGUGAUUUGUGCUGAAGAACCUUAUGUGUGCAAAGACUUCCCUGAAACAAACAACAUUUUGAAAAUAGUUGCAGAUUUUUCUGCGAGUGUUAAGAAGCCACAUACUUUGCUGCAAAGGGUCAAAGCAUGUACAACCGAAGAAGAUCAGGAGAAGCUGAUGCAGAUUACAAGCCUACAUUCACUGAAUGCCUUCUUGUUACCAAUCAAAACUGUGGGGGUGCAGGGUGACUGCCGUUCAUACAGCUAUGUUUGUGGGAUCUCUAGUAAAGAUGCUCCACACUGGGAGUCUCUUAUGUUUCUUGCCAGGCUUAUACCACGCAUGUGCCACAACAUAAACAGAGUUGUGUAUGUGUUCGGACCACCAGUCAAAGAACCUCCUACAGAUGUCACCCCCACUUUCCUGACAACAGGAGUCCUCAGCACUUUACGACAAGCUGAUUUUGAGGCUCACACUAUUCUCAGGGAGUCUGGUUAUGCCGGAAAAAUUAGCCAGAUGCCGAUUAUACUGACACCGUUGCAUUUUGAUCGGGACCCCCUACAGAAACAGCCUUCCUGUCAAAGAUCUGUGGUUAUCCGAACUUUUAUUACAAGUGAUUUUAUGACUGGUAUUGCAGCAACUCCUGGUAAUGAGGUUCCAGAAGAGGUUGUGUUAAAAAUGGUGGCAGAGAUUAAGAAGAUUCCUGGCAUUUCUCGAGUGAUGUAUGACUUGACAUCAAAGCCACCAGGAACCACAGAGUGGGAGUAAUUAACUUUUUUCUAUUGAAGUACUGUGUGCAGUCUAAGUCAUAUCAGAAACCAUUCCCAGUGUUGACAUGCAGUACUGUGAAAGAGUGACUGGAGCUGCUACAUCGCAUCAGAUUCCUCUCCUGGAGCAUAAACCUGCGGUUAAGAUCUGGGGAUAAUAACUAAGUGGGGCUGAGGAUUUGUACGGGUAAAUAAUCAUGGCAGCAUUGCUGGUGCGCAGACAGAUUCCUAUUGCUUUUGCCUUUGUCUUACCAGUUCUUCCUCUUUUCAUGUGUUUUAUUGUUAACUGUCAUUUCAAUGUCUGUUUUUGUACACUCUAUAAAAAGACAGUUUAUUUACUUCUACCAAAAGCAUUGUUACAGCCUAAAAAAUGUAAAAUUAAUUCUUUGUGACCAACUGCUUUUGAACGGAUUUAUUAUAAAUAAAUAUUUUGCCAAAUGGAGUAGUGGGUACUGUUGAGUUGUGGAAUUACUGUGUAUCUGUUGUGCACUGUUAAGGUUGUUCUGUAUCAUUUGAUGUAUUAGCCCAUGGCAAUAAUGUUGAGCUCCAAAAGGGCAAUUCUAAAAUAUGACAUUAUCUCUGUCUGUCUUUCUGUACUCACUCCCUCUUGCAUCACUCGGUAGGUAUGUGUGUUGGUAACAAACACACCAGCUAAUCUUUAGUAUGCACUUACUGCAUGUAUGCAUAUGUCAAAUUCCAGACAAUGAAGUAUCUUUGUGUGCUUCUGGGGACUCUGAUAGAAGUAUAAAAAUGGGAGUGUGGUUUGGAAAGCAGUUGCACCAGAGCUGAAUCUGCAAGUCCUGUUUCUAUCCUGACGCCUGUGCCACAGUCCCUUUACAGCCUGCUGCUGAUGUGCUUUCCAUAUACUUGAUGACAGUUUGUUUUCUAUGCAUUUGCUUUUACAGGAGGUUUUCUUUUUUAUGUGUUGUACUUAGCUUGACCCUUAACAUCAUUGUAGUUAUUAGUGUGGGGUUGUGGUAUCAGGGGUGAUUUGCCCAGUCUGCAUAGAUCCUUUCUGUCAUUCAUAUUCUGCGUUUAUGUAGUUAAGUAAGCAAUAAUUUGAGAGAUGGUGGUUGCUUUGGACACCUUUGCUUUUCUGAUGUAUUGAGGCAAAGCUGUUCCUGUCGACCUGAGAAUUUUGAGCAUGUCUACGAUUGCUGAAAGUGACAGUUAAAUUUUGACCUGAGCAGCUUGAUGGGUGCCUGCCGGGUACCUCUGCUGGGGCAGCCAUGACUGUGUAUCCAGGCUCGUCCCUCGAGCCAUGUUUAGUGGUUUUUGUGGGUUUUUUUGUUUGUUUGUUUGUUUUUUUUUAAUUUUAAGUUAAACAAUUGCAUUUUGUUUGGCUCAAGAUUACCCUAGUAUUUUAGGGUAAAAUACUUGUUUUAAACUGUUUAAUAACAUGGAGUAUUUCAUGGCUGUAUCUACUUACAUUUCUACUUGCAUAAAUUUGUGAACUGGAAUAAGGGUUGAAAAUGUUUGUUCUAUAUUCUUUUGCACAUAUUUUCCCGUUGCUCUUACAUUUGCUGCCUACAUGUUAUGGAAAUCUGGUUUAAUCUCUGCUUGUAGGAACCGGCUAACUUGUGUAACUUUAUUCUUUCGUCCGUGUCAGAGUGGUGCUUUUUUGCUUGGGGGAGGAGAUGGUGUGUGACAGCCCUCUGUUCUUUGAAACCCUUUGGGGCCACAGGCAUGCAGGAGAGCAGCAGACCAGGGGCUGGGAUGAUUUGGAGUUGGGGCCACUGCACCCCCCCCUCGGAACACUGCUCCUGUGUUCUGACAUCUUUUGUAGCUAGGCAAAUUGAUCUUAUUCACUAUCUCUGCUGCCCCCUGUAUAAAAUGAGGGUAGUAAUUCUCACCCACGUCUCUCAUCCUUUGAGCCCUUUGGAUGAGCUUUUGUGAUGUAAGUGAAGUACUAUCAAUACAAAUGUUCUUUUAUUAAUGGAUUGUGAGCUGUAAGAGCUGUUUGUCAAGAACUCUGUAUGUCUGUGUUUGCCAUGGCAGAAUCUGUUAUAGCAUGGGUUCUGUUGCGAGCACAUUUUCUUUGUAGCUCAUCUCAAAAGAAAGCUCCCUAAUGAAAUUAUGGCUGUGAGGCACAUUUUAAGUUUUUAUCAUAAAAAGCUGAGGGUGGUUGCUUUCAUUACUGUGUUGGUAUCUCAGAUGUAAAUGGUGCGAUGACAAGAAAUGGAUCUUCUUGGUGUGAUGCAGAAGUCUUUCACCCUUUUAAUGCUAUGGCAGUUGUUGCUUAUUGUAAGUGGGUUUUCACUUGCUGCUGCUGCCAGUUUAUGUUGCCUUGACAGCAAACAGAUGAAGCAGAAGGAAUUACUAAGAAGUAAUGCAAAGGAUAUAGAGCACCUCUGAAACCCUUCUUAGUUUUGACUGGUUAGAUUUGGUCUCUGUGUAAAUUACUCUGCAGUGUUUAGUCACAUAGUGAUGAUGUAACUCACAAGAAAAGUUGUGUGGCAGUUGGUGUUGCCCAUUGGGUUGGGGGUUCCAGUAACUGUUGUACCUGUUGACCACAAGCUUGCAGCACACCUGAGCAGGAACCUUAUUCACAGCAUGUUGCACACUUGGAAGUCCUUCUUGCAGUUUCAUCUUCCCUAUAGGCGUGAUUUAUGCCAGUAUGCUAUGUGUAUACUGAAGUUUGACAUACAUGUUUACCAUUUUUUAAUCAUCCGGGUUGCUUUCAUGUCUGUAGUGAAAUGGAGCUUAACAGCAACUCCUGUGCUCUUUAGGAACAUACUUUGGUUUGGGUUAUUUUUUGUUGGGUUUUGCUUCUACACACCCCACCCCCCCACCCCCUGAAAGUUGAAUAUUGAAAAUUUAGGCAUAUUGCACUAUAAUCAAAAUGUCUUAUCAAAAUUAAAUUUGUGAUCUUUAGCUCUCUUCUCUCUGUUUGACACCUAUGCCAUGAAUUGUAGAUGUGGGGGGUUGUUCUUAGGAAGGCUGGUGUUAUCAUCUCAGCAGUUCUUGAGUGUUUUUAUGGAAUCCAUGUGUAUUGGACAGCCAGAAGUGGAGAGAAACAUAAUACUCUGUUCACACUUCUUAAAAAGAUACAUUUAGCACCUAGUUUACAAACUAAUAACUGUAGCUGCCCUGUACAAUUGUUCACCUUCAGUAAAACAUGUCAGCAGUUAGAGGAAUUUGUAUUGGGGGCAUUCCCCAUCAUUCUCAAUUUUUAACAUUUUUCUGCUUGUGAAAUGAUAAAAGUACUGUGAGCCUUAAUUUUUAUCCACAAAUAAAAGUAUUAUGUUU